UACGAACUGUGGCAAUUGGGAUAAUAAAACGAAGACAAACACAAACAUUUAGUAAACAUUAUUGUUUUUUUUUAUUAGGUAAAGACCUAAUCUCGUAUACUGUCUCCACUCAACUAAGACCGGAAUUUGAGAUCUGUCACACUAGUCGUAGACGUAAUUGAAGAGGUUUGCAAAAUGUGGCGUGCUUUUAAGAACUCAUCUGUUAUACAAUGGUCGAAAAAUCAUCCCGAGCUUGCGGUUACAUGGGUUGCCUUGACAUAUACUUUUGGAAUUGCUGGGUACAUGUUGGGACAGAGGACGCUUUCUGUUGAGCCACAGAGUCAAGUGAGAUUGCCUGAAGGACAUUCUCAUCCAUGGGAAGUGUCCAACUCGGAGGUUCAAAAAAAGAAACCUUUUAAGUAUAAAUACUAUCCCCAUGGCGAUACAACGAAGAAUCCGGGUUAUGCUCCUCCUGCAAUUCGGUAUACCACUGUUCCAGUUUCUGGUGUUCCUCAAGAAAUGCUAGAUAAGUUCUCACAAGAUCUCGAUGAGGCAUAGCAAUGUUGGAAUUUUAAUAUGGUAUCAACGUUUUAAGAAAUCAAAUUCAUAAAGCUUUUUCUCUGUAUCAUAGUUAUUAAAAAAUAGGUUUAUGCUAUAAUAUUUGAAAAACGCAAAUGCGAAACGAAGCGAAAUGAAAAUGUGAC